UUAAUUUUUACACACACACACACACUUGUUUGAUGUUUACACAUCUAUGACUGUAUUCAUGUGAAUAUAUACAGAUCUGAAUUUUGUUUGAUCUUUCUGGUGUCGUUUUUCCAUUCAUUUUGAUUUUGUUUGUUUCUUCAAAAAUAUGGGGUUUUGAUCGGUGAAAGUGGUACCCGUUUCUGAUCUUCCUUUGUCCCUUUCGAUGAUAGUAGAAAUGCUGUACAUAAAUAAAUGAAGGAAAUUGGAGAAGAAGGUAACAAUGUGAUCACAUAGCGGAGUGGAUAUCGCGUUAGACUCCGAAUCUAAAGAUAAUGGAUGAUCAAGAUUUGGGGUUCUUUGCUAACUUUGUUGGCAUCUUUAUUUUCGUAUUUGUUAUUGCUUAUCAUUAUGUAGUGGCUGAUCCUAAGUACUCAAGCAACUAACUGAUGCCAAGCAUACAGUUAUUUUCCUGAUCUCGUCGAGUCCGAGCUUUUACUUGCCUCUCCCAAUUUGUGAAUCUCACAGCACUUAGUCUUAUGUAAAUAUGAAGACAUUAUGCUGAUAGUUGAGUCUGGACCUAGAAUGUUAAAGCUUGAAGAUGCAAAAUUAUAUUUAGAAGUUUUUACUUUGGGUCCCUAAGAUCUAGAGGAAAUGUGUUUAAACAGUGGAAGGGUAAAAGAAAAAGAGCAAGAUUAACUUUGUUAAGGAACAGCUCUUCAAUCCUUUGUAUCCGAAAAGUAAUAUUUCUAUUAAUUGUUUUGUUUGAUUGCCUACA